ACAUGUGAUCGCCAUACUUGUGAUAACGAAGGCCGGUUUUGCUUGUACUCUGUGAUAUUCAGUGUCCGGUCGCUUGGAGAUAGUUUUAUUUCGAUUCCGACUCUGAUUGAUUACAUGCAUAUGCGAGUUUACAUACAAAUACCUACAUUAAGCUUCAGUUUCAUUAAAAUACAGCAAAUCACGUUAUCUAAGAAAUCUUCAGAUUCAUUCAAGAUUUUAAACGCUUUGAUAAGAUUCACUAACGUGCCGAAAGUAGAUAAACAUAAGAGGCUAGUGAUGAUCAGUGUGGAAGGAAAGUUCGAACAGUGACAUCAAACUGUGAUAGUGACUAGUGUUUUCCAGUGUCAGCUCAAUUCUUCCAACGAUGAAGCUGGUUCAAGCUAUAUUCGGUAUUCUCCCAGUCAUAUGCUGGCUGGCACCAACAGAAGGAGCACGAAUACUUGGCGUCUUCGCUUUCCCGGCCAAAAGCCACCACAUAGUGGGAAGUGCUCUUAUGGGAGAGCUUGCCAGGAGAGGCCAUGAAGUGACUGUGAUAGCUUGUCACCGGCAGGAAGAAAAACUCAAUAACUUUACAGAAAUCAUUGUUGAGCCUCGAUAUGACUUUUGGUCCGACAUCAGCAAAGCAUUCAAUAAUCUAGAUGUAUUCCAAUUGACCGAUAUAUCAAUUGGGGAGAAUUUGCGAAUGGUCAACAUUCUCGGUGACCAGCCAACCGAACAUGCCCUUAAACAUCCUGAAGUUCAGAAACUUAUUCAUUCCACCGACUUGGAAUUCGAUUUGCUAAUAGUUGAGCAAUUCUUCCAAGAGGCCUUCCUUAUGUUAGCAAAGAAGUUCAAUGUCCCAAUAGUUUCAGUGACAGCAUACGGAUUCGACAAUGCGUUAUCAGGAUUUAUGGGACAAAUCACACCAUGGGCCCACUCUCCGCACCCUUACUACCCUUUUACGGAUCGAAUGACAUUUUUCGAGAGGCUACACAACGUCUAUGUAUGUUUGUACACUGAGUGGAAUAAACAUUGGGUACAUAUGCCCCGACAGAAUGAAUUGGCUCAAAAAUACUUCGCUCACUUGCCAGGUCCACUGCCGUCAAUUUGGGAUUUGGAGCGAAAUAUAUCUGUAAUUUUGAUGAACAACCACGUACCAUUGGAAUGGCCACGCUCACUUGUUAUGGGAAUGGUACCUGUUGGUGGAAUACAAAUCAAGCCACCGAAAACCCUGCAAAGAGACAUUCGUCAAUUUCUUGAUGAAGCCAGAAAUGGGGCUAUCUAUUUCAGUUUGGGAACAAAUGUCGAUAGCUCUCGAAUGCCAGCAUCAAAAGUUGAAGCCUUCAUAAAAGUCUUCGCAAAGUUGAAGGAACGAGUCCUUUGGAAAUGGGGAGAUGAAAAUAUUCCGAAUCUGCCGAAAAAUGUUAUGGUGAAGAAAUGGAUGCCACAAAAUGAUAUUCUUGCUCAUCCCCAUGUCAAACUCUUCAUCUCUCAUGGCGGUCUCCUAAGCGUUCAAGAAGCUGUCUACAGAAGUGUGCCAAUACUUGGAAUACCAUUUUAUGGGGAUCAGUUCUUAAACACAAAGAAGGCGGCGAAUGAGGGCUACGGCGUUUAUUUGGAUUUCAAUAAUAUAACGGAAACAUCAUUGACAUGGGCUUUGCAGAAGCUCCUCUAUGACCCCGAGUAUAUGAUCCGGAUCCGGGAGGUGUCGAGAAUAUUUCGAGAUAGACAAUCGAGCGCUAUGGAAACAGCCAUUUAUUGGAUUGACUACACAAUACGAAAUAAAGGAGCACCUUACAUGAAAUCCAGUGCGGCGCUAUUGCCAUGGUAUAGUCUGUACCUAAUUGACGUUAUUGGUUUCGUAUUCGGCGUAUUGUUUGCCGGCUUACUAGGGAUUUACUUGAUAGGAAAAUUCAUCAGACGUUUGACUAAAUCGAAAAAAGAGAAAUUAUAUUAUAAAAUAAAUUAGUGUCAUC